CACACAGUGCAUUCAUUUUGUUUUCGUCAACCCAUUGUACGGCCUUCAGAUACCAUUUGAGAACCACCACGACCACCACUUCACGGUUUCAAUUCAUUCGCUUCCACACAAUCGAAUCGAGAAUAUGUCCUCUGGCGGAGACAGUGGUGGCUCCGGCGAGAUCAUGCUCUUCGGAGUCCGAGUCAAGGUGGACCCGAUGAGGAAGAGCGUCAGCAUGAACAAUCUGUCGCAGUACGAGCAGCCUCAUGAGUCGUCGACGAACGUAGAGGUCGCCGCUGGUGGUGGUUACGCGUCCGCCGAUGACGCCGUCCACCACCAGUCCUCCGGCAGUCGCGAGCGCAAGCGAGGAGUUCCAUGGACUGAAGAAGAGCACAAGCUAUUCCUGUUGGGAUUGCAAAGAGUAGGCAAAGGAGAUUGGAGAGGAAUCUCAAGGAACUUUGUGAAGACUCGCACACCCACACAAGUUGCUAGCCACGCUCAGAAGUACUUCCUCCGGCGGAGCAACCUUAACCGGCGUCGCCGUCGAUCCAGCCUCUUUGACAUCACAACUGAUUCGGUAACUGCAGUUCCAAUGGAAGAAGAAAAAGAUCAUCAAGAUAAUACAUCUCAGGCCCUUCUGCCAACAACCCCGUUGUCUCAACCGGAGAAUUCCAAUGUCAGUGGAUUUGCGGUGCCACCGUUUCCGGUGACUGUUGGUCCUGUUUUGUUACCGGCACAGAUUGAGAAUCCGAUGGAAAACUUAACUCUAAGACAAGUUGAUCAAGUGAACAAUGCAUCGACAAACCUUGUCCGUCCGAUCCCUGUUCUUCCAUCUCCUUAUGCAUCAUCAACGAGGGAUUUUAACUUAAAUCAAAGCUUGAUGAUGAUUGAUCCGCUGUCGCUCUCUCUCAAGCUCUCCUUGUCGUCUGAUGAUCAGAAUCAAUCCUUGAGGCAUUCGGCAUUUCAGGUGAUGUCAAGCUUUAGCAAUGGAGAUAGCAUCAUCAGUGUUACUUGAAAAAAUAUUACAUUUGAAAAAAAAAAAAAAUAGGUCCAUAAUUAGAGAGAUUGGAUUAAGAAAAAGAUGAUGAGAUAAUUAGUUUGACCAGAAUUGUUGCUUUCUUAUGUACAGACCAAAAAACUGUGAUGUCUUGUUGUAUUUGUUGUUUGUUUUAUGCUACACUAUUAUAUUUAGAUUCCCAUUUGUUUGGCUGUUUUUUAUAUGUAGUUGAAAACAAUUGAAUAGCACUUGGCAGUACUCUUUUGUUUUUGGUGA